AUCUUCACCCGUUAUGGGAAGUGCUACACGUUCAACUCUGGCCAAGAUAACCGGCCGCUGCUGGUGACCAUGAAGGGAGGGAUGGGUAACGGACUGGAGCUGAUGUUGGAUAUACAACAGGAUGAAUACCUGCCAGUCUGGGGAGAAACAGAUGAGACGUCGUUCGAGGCGGGCAUCAAGGUUCAGAUCCACACACAGGACGAGCCUCCCUUCAUUGACCAGCUGGGUUUCGGAGUGGCCCCGGGCUUCCAGACCUUCGUAUCCUGUCAGGAACAACGGCUGACUUACCUGCCUCCUCCGUGGGGCGACUGCAAGUCCACUCCCAUGGACUCUGACUUCUUCAACUCCUACAGCCUGACGGCCUGCCGUAUCGACUGUGAGACGCGCUACCUGGUGGAGAACUGUAACUGCCGCAUGGUACACAUGCCUGGUAGGAGAGAUGUCCUUCGUCAAGAUUCGCCAGUAGAGGCCUCAGUCCAAGUACGCUGGCGCAAGAAGUACAACAAGACUGAGCAAUACAUCGCUGAUAACAUCCUGGUUCUGGAUAUCUUCUUUGAGGCUCUGAACUACGAGACCAUCGAGCAGACCAAAGCUUACGAGUUCGCAGGGUUGCUGGGUGAUAUUGGUGGACAGAUGGGUCUAUUCAUAGGAGCCAGUAUCCUCACCAUCCUGGAGCUCUUUGACUACCUAUAUGAGGUGAUCAAGUACAAGCUGUGUCGAUGCUCAAAUAAGAAACACAAACACAACAACAACAAUAACCGGGGAGCAGUUCUGAGUCUGGACGACGUCAAACGCCAUGCGCCCUGUGAGAACCUGCGUACACCGGGUACGUAUCCUGCCAACAUGCUACCUCACCAUCCGGCGCAGGGCAACGUCGAAGACUUCACGUGCUGAGCCAAGUACCUGAGCCAAUCGGGGCAGGAGGAAGGAGGACGAACUUGGCAGUAUGCAACCAAAGUCAACUAUACAACAAGAAUAUCUGACGUGAACACUCUAUAUAAGGGAUUGAAAUUUUAAAAAAACGGAUUGUCAAUAUGGAAACUUUUCUUACUAUCUGAGAGGAGGUGGAAAAUAUCAACAAUCACAAGAAGUAGAGAAGAUGAAGACUAUUCCAAACAUAGAUAUCUGUAGAAGUUUGUUCUGGAACAUUGUGGGGAAUUUGGAAUCCUAGAAGUAAAUGUUCUAUGUCUAUGUUUGGAAUAGAACCAGGAAGCAAAGACUCUACUCUUCAAGAACACACUGCAAAUAUGGCCCUCUCACUCUAAAACAGACAGAUAUGGGAAAUGUAACUAACUAGUGUACAGACACAAACACUGUACAGACAACAUCAACCGAGCCCCAUGCCUUUACUGUAUACAGUAUCAGUAACACUCAGCUGUCACUGCGUAUCCUAUUAGGAUAGUAGUAUGGUUGGGAUCAAUUCCAUUUAAAUGUAGGCUUUUAACUUCCUGAAUUGACUGAAUUGAAAUGGCAUUGACCCCAACCCUGGUCAGUAGAGAAAUGGAAUGCUUCACUGAACUUCAGUGUAAAUGUAGCACUGUAAAUGCUGCUCCUCAGAUCCAGUGGGAGUCUCUCUGUUGCUGUAUUUCAUUUUGAAUGUAGCUCUCUCUACAAUGGGUUAAAUCAACUACAACCAAGAUGAGUAGUGAAAACAUUUAGGGCAGAGAAUGGUAGAGAUAUCUACCGUUUAGAAGAAGAAAAAAAACGUAUGGUGAACUUUUCAGGUUUUAUCUUUUAAACGCAUGCUUGUAUAUCGUCCUCUGCAUGUAUUACAUUUUGUAUUUUGUUUAGUUUUUUUAUUUUAUUAUUAU